AUGGAAGAAUCAGGAUAUAAACCGGACUGUGAGGUCGGAGUUCUGACUCCAGUGGCCACACAGCUUGGAAGCUGUGUAACCCAAGUAAUUAAUGAAUGCCAAAGGCAGCAACUGGAGUCUGUGAGCUACUCUUCUCGCUACGCUCUGGGCCUCUUUUAUGAAGCUGGUACGAAGAUUGAUGUCCCUUGGGCCGGGCAGUACAUCACCAGUAAUCCCUGCAUACGCUUCAUCUCCAUUGAUAAUAAGAAACGCAAUAUAGAGUCCUCAGAAGUCGGACCUUCCCUGGUGGUUCACACCACUGUCCCGUUCGGAGUUACAUACUUGGAGCACAGCACCGAGGACGUGCAGGAGCUCAUCUUCCAGCAGCUGGAAAGCAUUCUGCCAGGUCUGCCUCAGCCAGUUGCCACCACGUGCCAGAAAUGGAGACAUUCCCAGGUUACAAAUGCCCCUGACAACUCUCAUGGCCAGUUGACCCUUCAUCUGGAACCUUCCCUCGUGUGUGGAGGGGAUGGGUUCACCCAGUCCAACUUCGACGGCUGCGUCUCUUCUGCCCUGUGUGUUCUGGAAGCUUUAAAGAACCAUGUUUAGCACCUGGAUCUUUAUUCUCUAUAUGAGCUUGCGGUUUGGGGGUUCACAAUUCCCCGUGAUCGAUUAUUUUGUUUUCUAUUUUGUUGAGAGAAAUUACUGGAAAAUGUCUCAUAUGGGGUAUAAAAUUGAUUUCAUGAUUCUGAUAUUUACCACCCAUGUUACAAUGAAGAUUCUUUGUACCAUGCACCUUUCACGGGGGUUCUGAAUUGCCAUGAAUACUCCUGGUUAAAGAAAAAUAAUGUUUAAGAAUAACAAAGGACCCUUCCCCCAAAAGAGCGUGUCAAAUCAAAAUAAUAGUUCAUGUUCCAGGCCUUUAUUCUUUUGAGAAUUUCAAUUCCAAAUAAAGAAUAAUUAUUAUCAAAUCUUCA